AUGCCGGCCUGUGCCCUCCCAACAUCGACUCCCGACGUCGUCUCGAGGGAUCGUACCUUCGAUCUGCGAAGCCCUAGUAGCGAGCUUGAGUCGGAUAAUCUCCUGCACUCACGGGCAGUGAAGCCCUUCUACGCCAUAGCCCACCGAGUUCUCACUGUUCAGGGCGUCAAAGAUGCCGCCAGCCAUGGUGCCAACGCAAUCGAGAUAGAUUUCCAGCCCUGGAGCAAGACCGGCUGGUGGGCAGACCACGACGGGGAGCAGAACAGCGCCGGCGGCACGGCACGAGACGUGCUCCAGGCGGUUGCCGACCAGCGCAGGGCCGGCAAGCCUGUGACGUUCGUGUGGUUCGACAUCAAGAACGCCGACUGGUGCAACGCCGACGACCCCAAGUGGGUGCACUGCUCCGUCACCGCCCUCCGGGACCUGGCCCGCGAGAUCCUGCAGCCAGUUGGAGUGAGGGCCCUGUAUGGCUUCUACGGGACUAACUACAAGUACAACACGUACUCCCGGAUCGCCAACAGUCUCAAUAGGAACGAGGCGGUCAACCUCGACGGGAACCUCGCGUGGGCUCAGCAGGGCUUCGACGGCACCGGCCCAGGAGACAGGAGCCGGCGCGUCUACUCCUGGGGCGAUCCCACCAUCAGGAACGGGUUCGCGGACAGGGUCGCCGAUUUGACGGCGGCUGCCUCGUCGGGAAAGUUUGCCAAGGUCUUCUCGUGGACUACCGCGGCUGGGGACUCCGCGCAUGUCAAGCAGCUGGUGGACUCGAUAAAAGUUGACGGUAUCAUCUACGGCUAUUCUGGAGCCAACUAUGACAACAGCGCCGCCGUGCAGACUGCUUUCAAGGACGUGAACGGCGCCACCUGGGGCUAUGUGCACGCCGCCUACAACUCUCCAUAUCUCGGCGAUGUGGCGGGCAACAUCAGCUACUGGGCCCGCUGGCACCUGCAUGACCAAGCCAUUGCUCUCGACGGGAUCUUCAUCGAUAAGGUCCCAAACAACCCGGAUACGGACAAGGCCGAGGGCGACGUAUACUACAUGACGACUGCAGUCAUCUACGCCGAGAGGAUAUGGGCAUCGUACGGACUCGAGGGCCCCAAGAUCGCACUGAACCCCGGCGCGGGUCCCGUGCAUCCCGAGUACUAUGGCCUAGCCGACACCGUGAUUGUCUUUGAGGAGUUUCCAUGGGCUUACGACGACACGGUGUUGGCGAAGAGCUUUCCCAGCAAUCGAGGGCAGAAGUCGUCGUUUAUCAUGCGUGACGUUUCUCUGGCUGGAUGUAACGAUUCCACAGUGCAAGGCUGGCUCUCUGCCUGGACACAGUCGGGGCUGAGGAGUGUGUUUAUUGCUAAGUCGGGGUAUGAUGCCUAUUCUGCGCACGAUGAAGGCCCAGCGACGCUGUCAGCGAUUGCGGCGCACUUGAGCAAUUUGAGUAGCAAGAGUAACAAUAUCGAGGCUCGUUGA